AGAGAUGUCGUUCGCUGCCUUCGGGCGAUUUUCUACCAAGUUCACUGUCCUGAGUACCUGUAUAAAAGUAAAGACACCCGACUGGUGUUGAACUUUUCGUAGAAAUAUUCUACUGCUUUUGUCUGAUAUGAAGUUUUUAUCUUGUUUACUUCUCCUUCCUAUCGUUCUCCAUGUAGUCGAGUCAGGUGUUAUACCCUUACACAAGAGAUCCGCUUUUUAUAUCGCUAACGAAACAGCUUGUGUUGUGGAUGGAAUUGUUUACUACAACGGAGAUCGCAUUCCGACUGAUAACCCAUGCGAAUCGUGCAGAUGUCGUCCUCCUGGAUUUGCGUGCGUUUUACACGAAUGUGAAAUAAAGCAUGGAUGCAAAGCAAUCAGAAGAGAAGGAGAAUGUUGCCCGGAUUAUUUAUGCGGUUGCGAGCAUAAUGGGCAACUGUAUAGAAACGGAGACGAAAUAAGAGAUCCACAGAAUCCGUGUUAUAAAUGUCAUUGCCAAGGUAAUUCUAUCGCUUGCGCAUUCGCAGAAUGUGUAUUCCGACGUGACUGUAUGCCCCGUUUUGUAACUGGUGAAUGUUGUCCUCGUUAUGAUCAUUGUCCUCUUCCAGGUAAAAUACAUUUACAUUUUAAUGAUCUGGCGUUCUGUACUUCCUCGUUAUUUUGCAAAUAUAUAUUAAAAUAUAUGCAUUAAUACUUAUUUUAGCUGUUAAAACUGAAUCUUCUA